GUAAAGUUAACUAUGUGUUUUCUACAUUUCAAUGGGAACUAAUUUCCUUCACUACCGCUGCUCAGCACGGUACUCUAAAUACAGAACACGAUGUAUACUAUUACUCACGCAAGAGGAGGGGGCAGUUUAUAUGGAAUCUCCAAUUUAAUGGUCAUUGUAAUGUGUUUUUUUAUUGUGUUCCACGUAGCCAUAAUAAACAGAGUAAUAUAACACUGUUUAAACUGCACGUUUAUUUGUGGUGGACAUUUUGCUUUAUAAUUAAGUAGCUUAAAUUCGUGUUUACCUUUGGUCUGAUAUUGGUAUGUUCCAUGUCUCUUCCUUCCUGUUUGUGGUCAACAGCACUGGCAUGCUUUCCUGUGUUGUGGCUGGAUAUAGUUGAAGCGAGUUGCACUUUCUUUGUUAAAGUUUCUGGGGUUAUGGGACCGGUGUUGAAUUUUAAAAUAAAGUAAACAAAUAUGGGAAAGAAGAAAAGCGGCGCCGGUGGAAGUACGGGCUUAGGCAGGGCCUUGAUCAAAGAGAGACAGCUUGCAGGUCGGAGCCACAAGAAAACGGGGUCCUGGCUCCACACGUGUGAGCUGAACGACGGGUAUGACUGGGGUCGGCUUAACCUGCAGUCUGUAACGGAACAGAAUUCUCUGGAUGAAUUCCUGGCCACAGCUGAACUUGCAGGAACCGAGUUUGUUGCUGAGAAGCUCAAUAUCAAGUUUGUUCCUGCGGAGGCCAGAAGCGGCCUGCUGACAGCAGAGGAGAGCCAAAGAAUCAAAGAGCUUCACGAGGAGAACAAGCAUUUCCUCAGAAUACCCCGCAGACCGUAUUGGGAUGAGAACACAAGCGCUGAGGUGCUCCAGCACGCAGAGAGAGACAGCUUUCUGUUGUGGAGGCGACAGCUUGUACUACUGGAGGAGCAGCAGACACUGAUUCUAACCCCUUUUGAAAGGAAUCUGGAUUUCUGGAGGCAGCUCUGGAGAGUAAUUGAGAGAAGCGACGUAGUAGUUCAAAUUCUCGAUGCCCGAAACCCCCUGCUGUUCAGAAGUCUUGAUUUGGAAUGUUACGUCAAAGAGGUGUCUGAAGAGAAGGAGAACAUGCUGCUGCUUAACAAAGCGGACCUGCUGACCCGGGAGCAGCGGCGGGUGUGGGCGAGGCACUUCGAGAAGGAGGGAGUCCGCGCCGUCUUCUGGUCAGCGCUGGCUGAGGGCAUAAGGCUGGAUGCUGAAGAAAAGGGAGAGGAGCUUGAAGGGAUCACGGAAGAACAGAGUGAUCGUGAAGGGGAAGAAGACGAAGAUGGGGAUUUUGAAAAUCAAAGCAAGAGGAGCCGAGCGCGACUCAAGAAGGCUGAGCAGUCAGGGAGUGUGGCGGCAGGUCUGGAGGGUAGCCCAGCAGCCCCUGAGGAGGACGAGGACAGUGAAGCCUUUGAGGACUGUGUGGAGGAAGGGGACUGGCAAACCUGUUCUGAAGACCAGGACUCUGAGGACUCUGAGAGCACAGAGAACAUGGAGGAGGCCUCCAGCACUGCCAGGCCCUAUAAGAAAGCACUGCGAAACUCCAGCCGCCUGCUACAGAAAGAAGAGUUACUGGAGAUCUUUAAAGCAGUACACACAGGGACCAGGGUCAAAGAGGGCCAGAUUACUGUGGGCUUGGUGGGGUAUCCUAAUGUAGGGAAGAGUUCCACAAUCAACACUAUUCUAAGGAACAAGAAGGUUUCAGUGUCUGCAACUCCAGGGCACACAAAGCACUUUCAGACCCUGUACGUGGAGCCUGGUCUGUGUCUGUGCGACUGCCCUGGCCUGGUGAUGCCCUCCUUUGUAUCCACGAAAGCCGAGAUGACCUGCUGCGGAAUCCUGCCUAUAGACCAGAUGAGGGACCACGUGCCUCCCAUUUCUUUGGUGUGCCAGCAUAUUCCACGACACGUGCUAGAGGCCACUUACGGGAUUAACAUCAUCAGGCCACGAGAAGAUGAGGAUCCAGACCGCACGCCCACCGCCGAGGAGUUUCUCACAGCGUAUGGGUAUAUGAGGGGGUUCAUGACUGCUCAUGGGCAGCCUGACCAGCCCAGAUCGGCCCGCUACAUCCUGAAGGAUUAUGUUAACGGGAAGCUUUUAUACUGUCAUCCUCCACCCCACAUAAAAGCCAGUGAUUUUCAGCCCCAGCACGACAAGAAAAUAAACGAUGAAGAGGAGCAAGGUGCCACGAGGACUGGCAAGCCCCUGAAAGUGAAGAGAAUCGAGAACACUGUGGAUAAGAAUUUCUUCCACCAGGAGAAUGUCCGUGCGCUGACCAAGGGCGUUCAGUCAGUCAUGGGCUACAAACCGGGAAAUAUGCCAGCGGCACCUGGAGCCAGCGUGGAAAGCAUGGCAGGAAAGCCUUGGAAAAAACACGGCAACAGGAACAAAAAAGAGAAAGUGCGCAGGCUCAACAAACACCUGGAUGCCUGACCUUUCACAGCACCUGCGAUGAGACUGCAUCAGAAAGACAGCACGGGGAAGCGGUGCUCCAGUCUACUAAUGACAGUGUUCAUGACCUGCGCAAUAACAUGCGUUAUUGAAGCAAAUUAUUCAGCCUGCAGCUGGUUAUUUUAAAACUUGCUACUUUCAAUUUGAAGUUAAAAAAACAAACACACAUGAAUCUAUUUUCUAUUUUUAAAUCGUGGUGUUUUUACAGUGUGAUGAAUUUAUUCUAGUGUUUGAACUUGCUGGUUCCUAUACAAUAACAUUUGUGUGUCCUGUUGACAUUACAGGUUAACUGUUAAAUAUGUGUAGGUCUUAACAGAUUUAAAGAAAACAAAAAAAACAGUGAACAUUCUGUAUUAAGACAGGAAAUAAACCAAAACUAUUGAAAUUGAACUUAACCAUCAAAAGAA